AUGGCGGAGGACGAUCGAACUAGCAUCCGUAUCAACGAGCGCAGCACCACCCCUAUCGGAGGCGUCUACCGGGAAGUCAACAUCUACGACAUCUUCUUGGUUGGGUCAGACCCGUACAACCAACUGCUCCCGAUUGCCUUCAAGGACCCCCACACUCCGCUCCCAGACCUUCUAUACUGGCUCAAUCGGCGCGGCUUCGAGGGUGUCGUGAUCUGCAACUUCCGCAUCGUCUCACCAGUCCUCUUUGAGAUGAUCCUCUUCGCUAUAGGCACAUGGAAAGUGCGGAAGCAGAAGCCAACUCCUCAGGAGGCAAGAGAGGAAUUCGAGAAGUUCGUGAAGAUCUUCUUCGCCGCCAAGUACGUCCUCACCCAAGAGGCGAUGGAUGAUCUGUUCAACUUAGCAAAUGCCACCACCAUGAUAGAGAUGCAGAACCUAAUCGGCGAGGUGUGGCCCGUCCGCCCAGCUUGGGACGAGAUGGAUGGUAUCAGUGUCAACAACCGCAACUUGCUGUGGCACACAGUCGUCAGCGGUGGCCUGGGAACGACUCCCGCGCAGUGCACUGUUCCUAAUAUGUACAGAGGCAAGGUCGCCACCCUAUUCGACCUGAGCCCGGAGAACGAGGCAGUGAAGUGGGACUUCCUAGAGGAGGAUGGCACUCUGCGUCGUGUUGAUGGCGAUAACGAGGUGUUGGCACACCCACGCUACCCUCGGAGCUGGUGGAACGAGGGCGAAAACGCCAACCACGCCCAGCAGAACUACACGGCCAAGACAGCCGCUCCCCCACCGCCGCCAGCUGGUGUCCCACCACCUCCGCCGACUGCACCCGCGCAGCACGCAAGAGCCCCAGAGGCCUUCGCACUAUACGGACCAACUUCCAACAUCGCUAACCCGGGCCGCCGUUACCGGCCACACCCACGACUCGCUAACACAAGCGACCCAACCACCUUCAAGUGGACACCGGCCCAAAACAACGUGAGUUGCCUUACAACGGUCCCUACUGCAGGCGUCAUGUACAGCCUGGACGAGCGUAAUCUCAAGGGCUUCUACAUGGGACUCCUCGAGCCCAACUCCGAAACCCUCCACGACCCGAAGGCGCCCUGUUUUCCAAAGGGGAGCUCCAAGGACAUGGAAGGCAUUCCAUAUGUCGGUUUUCCGGCACAGGGCUGGUUCUACGACGAGGUGAAAGGCAUUGUGAAGGUGAAGACCGACCAGGGUACCUUCGCCAAGUCAGCAUGCUUCAAGCUUACGAACGAGGAGAAGGACUUGAUCAUGAGACGCUCUCAGGCGAACGUCGAAGACUACCACAAGACGCUGAGGCGCGAUAAGGAUGGUGCUAAGAAGAAGCUGGAGGAGCACGGCGAGGUGCAGUACUUCCGCGAGGAGUCACACGCCCACUUUGAGAACAGCUACCUCCCAAUAGGGUCCAAGGUUGCACCACACCGCUUCGACGAGCUCCAGCUGGGACCUAACCUUGCGCGUAUGUACUACACAACGUCACACACCAUCGGGUACCAGGCGCAGAACCCAGAUGUGACACUCCUUAGUUGGGCUCGAGGCCUUCUCGACCUGUUCCGCCGCCAAUACCAGAACUACUAG